GGUACUGCGUGGACUCAGAGGGCUUUUGGUAAACCAUUCCACACGCUAACAACACUGCGCUUCUUUUUCUUUUCUUUUUGGACUCUCCACGUUGGAUUAAGCGGUGAUUUCUCUAUAAUGAACCCGAGGAAGAGGCACGUCCUGCUGCUGUGGAUGCUGGUCUGCUGCGGCAAAGCGGAGGCGAUCGAGCCCAUCAGCACCAGCAUAGCUGUGGGCAUGGCUGCGGCUCUCACAGGCUUCUUGGCCAGCUACCAGAACAUCUUCUACUAUUUCCACGAGUGCUGUCGACCCGAGUGGAUUUAUUUCAACAGGACAGGUCUUCAAGUCGACCUGGAAAGCAAACUGUUCGGACAGCACAUUGCGUCACGCAUCAUCCUGAAAGCUGUGACCGGAUUCAUGAGCAACGACAACCCGAAGAAGCCCCUGGUGCUCUCUCUGCACGGAUGGACCGGUACUGGGAAGAACUUUGUUAGUCAGCUGAUUGCUGACAACAUCUUCAAUGAGGGAAUGAAGAGCAGCUUCGUUCACAUUUUCACGUCUGAACUUCACUUCCCACAUUCAAGUAAAUUUGAUACCUACAAGUCUCAGCUACAGCAGUGGAUCAAAGGCAACGUCAGCAACUGUGGACGCUCCAUGUUCAUCUUUGAUGAGAUGGACAAGAUGCAUCCUGGCUUGAUUGACAGCAUAAAGCCGUACCUGGACUACUACGACAAGCUGGAUGGAGUUUCUUAUCGGAAAGCCAUCUUCAUCUUCCUCAGCAAUGCCGGAGGGGAGAGCAUCACACAGACGGCUUUAGAUUUCUGGAAAGCGGGACGAGAUCGAGAAGAGCUCGAGCUAAGAGAUCUGGAAACAGUGCUCUCUCUAUCAGUGUUCAACAACAAGAAAAGUGGCUUGUGGCACACAAGUUUGAUCGACAAGAACUUGGUGGACUUUUUCGUCCCGUUUCUGCCUCUGGAGUACCGGCACGUCGUCCAGUGUGCCAUGUCCGAGAUGAAAGCCAGAGGAGAUACGCCAGACAUGAAGGUGGCAGACCUGGUGGCCAGGGAUGUAGUCUACUUCCCCAAAAGUGAGAGAGUGUUCUCUGUCAAGGGCUGCAAGACGAUAGAGAGCAAGUUGGACUACUACACAUAAUAUCGGCAUCCGAUGGACGCUGCGCUUCGAUCACUAUGUGCACUUUUUUAUUAAAGGAAAAACUUUCAGCCAAAUGACUAAAGAGAGGAAGUGUAGCUGACUGAACUCUUGAGGAAGUCUCUGUGGUGGUUUCUCUGUUUGACCUUUGUGGCCACAUGGAGGUUUUUAUCGGGGCCUUCUCCAAUAUCGCAUAUCGUUUACACUGAAUGCAAAAGGCUGCUGGAGGAGAAGAGCGCCAGUUGAAUGAGAAAAUUACAAGACUGGAAUGCUAUCCUUUUGUAGGUGGUUACGGGGUUUGAUGGUUUCUUCAUGUCUCACCACAGUAUGGGUCUCACAGGAUGAUUUGUUUUCCUGAGCUUCUUAAUGAAUACCAGGGUGUCACUCUGUCAGUAGAACCAUGGCAUGUCACUGUUGUGCAUUUGUCUAUUUUUAAUGUGUACUCCAUUUAUGUGGAUUACUGGGAAGACCUGGCCUUAAUUCUUUUUAAAUUUCACAUUGUUUUUUUUUGUUUUUUUUAGAUUUACUGAGUUAUUUUACACAUAUGUCCACUGUUAAACGAGUUCAUGAACAGGCUACGUUGGCCUUUAUGUCACUAUUCAAAUACAGAAAUACCUAAUGAAGAAAACUGUUUAUAUGUAUCAUAUUGAAAUUAACAUCAGCAAGACAUGUUUUUCUAUACAGUGCAGCCACACACUUAAUGUCUUAUUUGGUUUAAUAUGAUACAUUACAAAUAGUUUCUGUUAUAUAUGAGUAAUGUACACUGCAAUCAAUAUUUAUGUGUCCAUACUGAAAUAUUUACUGAUGUAAUUUUGCCUUACAGAUUUUAUUUGAUUUACACAGUGACUGGACUAAGUACCCUGCAUUUGGACACUGUGUAUGAACUCUGGAUCAAGACCAAUGGGGUUUUUUUAUUCUUAAAAAAUACGGACAGUUAAGAAUACCAAAUUCUAAUGAUAUUGUAUAUAUCAGAGUUGUUGAGUAUCAAAUUACUUUGAUUUAAAAUUCAGCUAAAAGUUUUCUUUCAAAACACAAUACAUACAUUUUGUCUUUAAAGAGGUGGAAGUCAUAAGUAGUUUGGAAGGAAAUGUUCUGUUGGUUCUCAAAAAUCUGAAAGUUUAAUGUCAGAUUUUGAAACCACAAGAAAAAAAAAAUGUUCUGAUGUGUCUUCUGUACAAUUCAACAACAGGUGAAAGAGCUUUAAGUGGACUGUGAAAGAACAUUGUUAGUGUGGAGGAACAGCUAACACUAGCGAGCGUUUCUGCUGUAAACCCACCAGAAGAAAAAAAAAUCACAAAUAAACAAUGAACUUUUCUUGCUGUCACUGUGUCUGAUGCAUGAAGAACAUAGACCAUCUUUGAUGAGAUGGACAGGAUGCAUUCUGGCUUGAUUGACAGCAUAAAGCCGUACCUGGAAUAGUACGACAUGCUUGAUGGAGUUUCUUAUUGGAAAGCUUUUUUUUAUCUUCCUCAGGUGAAAGGCUGAAAGUAUUCCGGUCUGACCUGUCAGACGUUUACAUUUGAAACAUAAAAAGGUAUCAAUCCAGGGGGAAAUAGUGUCA